UCGCCCUAAACAAUACCAAAAAAUUCUUGCCUUAGCCCGCACGUAACCCUUAUUCCAUUCAUCAUUUUCCUCCCUCCUUUAUAAGUCCUGGAAAAUUAUAGAAAGUCUAAAGGAAAAUAAUUAAUCAUGGCCGGACCUAGUAGUAGUAGUAGUAGUAGUAGUAGUAGUAGUAGUAGUAGUUUUUUGUCGUUUAAAACCCUGUUUGGAUUCUUUGGAGCUCUUAUAGUUUUGGGGUUUAUCUUAGUUAUGGUAGUUGGGACCCUGCAAAGUGAAGGAAACAAAACAAAGACGACAUCGAAGACUGAUCAUCAGUCAUCGUCGUCGACGGGGGAGCUGCAGCAGGAGGAGCAUGUGAAGAAGGUAUUCGGUAGAGGAAAGUCAAGCGUCUUGCACCCACUGCUGGAUCUCAACUACAUGAGCAAAAGAGGAGUGCCUAAUGGACCAGAUCCUAUUCAUAACAGGCGAGCUGGCAACUCGAAACGACCGUCAGGACAUUCUUAGGCAUCAAAGUAUAGAAAGCUUUGUAUCAGCUAGUAAAGGAUAAAAGAUCAUCGCUAUAAAGCCAGCAUAUCUGCCAUAUAUCUUGUAUGUAGUUUUUUGGAAAUGGGAUUGUAAAUACUCAAAAUAUUUUGAAUAUCUAAUAAA